AUGUUAUUUAAGGACUUCACGUUUCCGUGGGAACCGUACAGGGCCGCUCGUGACGAGGAUGAGUUGCAGGCUGUCUUGAGCUCCACAACCAAAAAGUUUUCGGAGGAAGAGCGGCUUUCUCCCGAAUGUCGCUUUGCGGCACGUCGGCUGAUGUAUGCAUGUGUGGGUGAUCAAAAACUUCUCAAUCUUCUCGACGGUAUUCUUGCACCCCCACCGUACCGCCUGGAGGAUCUGCAGGACCGCCAGAUAACGCGAAAAGAAAUAGAGGCAGCGAUGGAUGUCAUCCCUCUCGAACUUGAUCCAGUCAUUGUGCUCUUUCCUUUCAACCUGGCGAUGAGUACAGGCGCGUACGAUGCACACCUGCGGGCUGCUGUUCGUCGUCUCUGUUGGCUUUUUGCGAUUCCUUUCAAUAUUAUUGAAGCACGGGAACGGGCACUGAUGGAUGCUCUCCUGUUAUCUCAUGAUGGUGGUGAUGAAUCACUUAAAAAAAAACAAAAUGUGGUGCGGUCCCACAAAAAAAGCAAAAAGAGAAGCAUCAGUCGAGCAGCUACCGUGGGAGCCUUUGCGGCAGUUGGUGGUGCGGCGCUUGCUAUUACAGGAGGUUUGGCCGCCCCGCUGAUUGGCCCCGCGAUGGGCAGCCUUGCCAGUGCUACCGCCGCAACAUUGUUUACUCUGGAGUCAGUUGGCGAGGCUAUGCUGGGCGGUACGGCAGUUGCGGCUUUUGUUUCCGGAAUGGUUGGCGUAGCAACAGAAGCCGCUGCGCUUAUUACUCUUAUAACACCAGUCUUGACCGUGACGAAUCUUACGGCUAUCUUUGGUAUUGGUGGGGCGAGUCUUGCUGGAUACAAGGCAUACCGCCGCACGGCGGAGUCGGAUGUUUUUAUGAUUCGGUCCAUAACAGAAAUCGAAAAGCUUCCUGCGCUUGCGCAAGGCGAUGAUGUCUUGUUGUCGGUUCUUACGAAGGGCCAGAUUGCACAGUGUAGAGAUGCUGCCCAAAGGCUUGCCGUGAAGGAAGGAGAACAGGAAGUGGAUAUGAAUUUGCAGGAAAUUCUGGAGGAGGCAGGCAAAGGAGGCAUCGUGGUCCCAGCUCACACAAGAGCUGUCACCAUGUGCAACGUGGCGGCAAAGGAUCAUUUUAAACAACGAAUGCGCUGUCUUACAUUUGCAUUACAGUGCUCUUUGAAUGGAUACCGACUGGAAUUAAAAGCCCUGAAGCUGACGGUUGGUAAGUGGGGAAUUGUGCCACCAAAACUUAUCCCGGAAGAAAAUUGUGGUAUAUUUCUCUGUCUGAACCGUUUUGCUCGACCUACGGGUGCCGGGUGUGUUGUGUGCUAUAAUGUCCGUCCCAUAACAAGUCUUUCUUCUCCCACACUGCGGCUAUGGGUUUUGGCUGAACUCUCUUUGAUGGGAAAUGUGUCGAUUGCGGUUUCUGUUACUAAAUGCGAUGAGGCAUUUCAGCCGAAGAAAAUGCUUAAAAAGCUUCGUAAGAUGAAAAUUGAAUCUGACGAAACGUUUAUUUCCCAUAACGUGGUUGUAGGGUGUUUUUUCUCGCCGUUGCCGUUUGUGAUGUUAUCCAAUUUGACAGAUGGAGGCAACACAUUGUCCCAACAUCAUUCCAACGCGGUAAUCCCAGUGAAAGAGCUAACACAGCGCAUAGUGGAGACUAUGAAAUUGGUGCGUGAACGCCGUCGAAUUGGGGUCUCUAUUGUGAAUAACUCGAAGCAUCUCAUUCAUGUGUUGACAUGUGAAGUGAUGAACGGUGUCCAAAGUCAUCGAACCUCUAAUUUGCCGACGAUAAUCUCCUCUCGAGAGGCAUUAUUUGCUGUUUUUACAAACUCAGAACUGAGUUUGAAGGGGGCAGAGGCAUUUAUUAUCAUUGAAGUCGUUAACAGCGGUGCCAAUGCCGAUGCACGUAUUAUCUGUGAAAGUUGUUAUAUGAAAUUGCAAUUUGAGGUUAAUGCGUUGAAUUCUAUCAGUGCCUUUUGUGUGGCUGCGCCAUCGUUGGGGGAACUUGCGGAGCAUCACGUGCAUCUUAGAAGUCCUUCUGAGAAGAAAUUUAAACCCAUUCUCAUGCCAGAAUCGUUUGUUUGGGCAGAUAUGACAGCCGAUACAAAGAAAUUUUUGUUGAAUUUAUGCAUAGAAGACUUUGUUGAACGUGUCGAGCAAAUGGAAGUACAAAAGUGCCCUUCUCUUACAAUUGCCGUUGGAGGAUUUGUUUCAAUCUUUGACGAACGAAGGCCUCAGCAGGAUCAACAAUUGGCCCUCUGGGCAAAUCAUCUUUCCGGAUCUUGUCUGUUUGGUAUGACCGAGGGAUAUGUGGUACAUUGGGAAGACAAGAACCAAACCAAAUUCGGUCGCACCAUCGAUGCGGGAUUGGCAAAGACUCUUACCAAAGAGCUUGGCGGGAAGGCAUUCGAAAAGGCGACGAGCGUUGCAAGGAGCCAACUUUUACGAGGGGGUGUUUUUGUUGGGAUUCAGGCGCUCGAUGCGGUUAAAGGGAGCCUUUCACUUCCCAUGUAUGCAAUAUGGUUCACCGGUGCGAUUGACAAUUCUUUUGCCAAACUUUUGAACCGCGCCGAAUACACAGGAAAGGAUUUGGCACAUGCUCUUUUGGAUCCACAAAAAGGUCGUCGUCCUGUGUCUCUUAUUGGUUUCAGCUUUGGGUCACGUGUUAUUGUGGAAUGCCUAAAUGAACUGCAUCGUGUGGAGGCUUUUGGUGUCAUUGAAAAUGUUUAUUUAAUGGGGUCAAUUGUCAGUUCAUCCCGCACUGUAUGGGGCAAACUGCGAAGUGUAGUGGCUGGUCGUCUUGUUAAUAUUUACUCUCGCGGUGACUGGUUUCUUUGGCUCAUGUACAAAGCAAACAAGGCGACACUGAGGCCAAUGGCUGGAAUUGGCCACAUUAAUGUUCCUGGAGUGGAGAACCUUGACGUGAGUUAUCUUGUUGAUAACCAUUUUGACUACGCGGAAAAACUGAAGGAAAUUAUCGACGCUAUUCCCGGGCGUCCAAGGCGGCAAAUGUAUGAAAAAUCGUCAGGGAGUCCAGGUGCCGUCGUUGGCUCUGAUGAUAUUUCGUUGGUCUCUAAGGGGAUGAUGUCUUCUAUGGAAUCGUUUUUGGGAGAUUCACAAUGUGCGACGUUGGCGAUCACAAACCGCCUUGCAUCUGAUAUAAAAGGCUUCAACACGGAGUUACACUCUCUGGUCCAUGUGGUUAACGGCGGGUAUUUUGAUUUUGAGCCGCCCGAUGUAAUUCCUUUUUCGCGCUCCGCCGUCUGUGGUUUGGUUGUUGACGGGGAAAGCACCGGCGGUGGAUCCGUAACGGGGAUGGUGUCAUAUGUUGUGUCACUGGACUCGGCAUCCGCAGAUCUUCUACUAAGUGUAUUCUUCCUUUUGCAGUCGUCUAGGAAAGGAGGACUUGUUGUCGCUGCUGAUGUGCGUAUAUUGAGGCGGACGCAAGAAACUUUGGAGACCGAAUCUGAGCGUCAGCGACGACUGGAAGAAUUUUGCCGCAAUGAAUCAGAAGACCCUAAACGAAUUCAAAUAAAGUGUGAGAGCUCCGAGCGGGCGCGCCAUGAAGGCCCGUUCACGCCUUCUUUUACUGUGGACCUGGAUGAUGUCUUUGACGAUGGUAGUAGAGAAGCCGUGUUCCAUGUCACUACCAAAUAUGAGGACCAUGACGACAAGCGCAGUGGGUGCAGAAUCGACAUUUUGGCUCUUUUGACCCAGUCGUCCAACUUGACGCAGCGCAAGAAGUUUACGGCAGAACUCUUUGAUAGUAUUUACCAAACGGCAGUGGAGCCGAAAUCCGCCAUUCCGGUGCCAUUGAAGGAAAUGCGACUUGCAAUGAAGGAUUUCAACGACAGUUUUGCCCACAAAUUAAAGGGUAGCCGAGGGGGAGCGGCCAUUCCUCAGCCUAUUGUACUGGCCAACUGCGGUGAUUUGCCUUUAAUUUAUGCGGGUCUUGGCGGUGCAGGGGCUCUUCCAAUGGAAAAUAUGGGUAUUGAAUGGAUCCGCUAUCCACCACGUGAGAUUCCUCCAAAUAACUGCGUCCUGACGGUGGUACGGCGAUGCUUAUCAUCAUCUUCAUCUUCUUUGAAUUCGGUGAAUGGCGCCGUACUGGAUGUCUUUUCACUUAUUUCUGACACGGGUCGAUGUGAUGUGCAGCUUCUUGGCUCUUCUGCUGGCGGUGGUAUUGGGGUCGCAUGCCAGUGUGAGGUCGACCCAUCAGCGGACGGAACUGGCAGCGCCUCCGUGAUGACCACUGAGUUGGAAGACGUAUCAUUCACACUCGUCUCUAUCUCGUGGUCUUCGGAGAAAGACGCUGGGGAGAGUAAACAGUCACAAUCGUCGGACGCAGAUGCUCUCAUGGGCUGGAUUGUAAUAGACUGA